AUGGCCGCGAGCACCGAUGACUCCACUUCAGCGAGCUCCACAGCAUACUUCUCGAUCUUGAGAGAGGACCAUCGACUGCUGAGCCUUGCUCCCGAGGUCCUCGAGGGCUUGCUGGCUGCACAGCCCGGCAUCAAUGCUGCUGAAGUCCUAUUCAAAGAGAUGGAGUUUUUCUGCGAUCAGGUGGACAACAGAAAUGGCUUUUCUCGCUACAGGAUUAACAUGAACUACGUGGACCGACCGAUUCCGGAGCGAUUUCACCUGGACGCCGAAGUGCUGGCCUCAUUUCCUGGCGGGACGCUCAUGGCGGUGGAGUUACUCACGAAGAGAUUCUUCCACUCGGCCUUCAUUUUCCGUGGCGUGACCCAAUAUGCACACAAUGGCUUAAGGUUGCCUCCUGGAUUCGUGAAGCACCGCAACAGAUUCGACCAGUCGCUUGAGCAGAUAAUCCUCCGUCAUCUCAAAGACAAUAGGUAUGCCUGGGUCGGUAGGGAAGAGAUCAUGAUAAAGGUCAAGGCUUGCCGGGUGCCCGAAAAUCUCGCCAGAUACAAAGUUGAGCACCCUGAACGAACCAGAGGUGUCCAGUUMUUGCUCCGCAAAGACGUUUUCCCACAGAGCGUGCACUUGCUGAAAGAAUUGCACUCGCGAGAGUAUGCAGAAAUUGUGGUGGAAUUCGUUGCAGACCAUACGCUCCCAGACUUCCCGCAGGAGCUGAGAUACAUGAUCCAGGAAUUGCUCUACUCCAAGAGCUUCUUGGUUUCAAAGGGCGUUUGGCGAAACGACGUUCGGCGAAAGGGAGCAAGAUAG